AUGAUAAAACCAAUAUACCUACUAGUUUUACUUGUAUGCUUCACAAGUUACUGUAAUUCAACUUUAUUUGAAUCCGAUUCUUGUUAUUCUUUUGGAAGCGGCAAUGUAUUUCCCGGUGGAGCAAGAAAAAUUGAUCACAAACUACAAUUUACUAAGGCUAUGAUUUCAAAACCAGCCCCUGAGUGGGAAGCAACAGCUAUUGUAAAUGGAGAAAUCACCCAAUUAAAACUGUCAAGCUUCAGAGGGAAAUAUUUAGUAUUUUUCUUUUAUCCUCUAGACUUCACUUUUGUAUGCCCUACUGAAAUCUUGGCUUUCUCAGAAAGAAUUGAAGAGUUCAAAAAACUUAAUACUGAAGUAGUGGCAUGUUCUGUUGACUCUCACUUUACACACUUAGCAUGGAUUAAUACUCCCCGUAAGGAAGGUGGACUUGGUAAAAUUAAUAUUCCACUUGUGAGUGAUCUGACACAUUCAAUAGCUAAAGAGUAUGGUGUAUAUUUGGAAGAUUUGGGACACACAUUACGCGGUCUCUUCAUUAUUGAUGAUAAGGGGGUUUUGAGACAGAUAACUAUGAAUGACUUGCCAGUUGGCAGAUCAGUUGAUGAAACCCUGAGGUUGGUCCAAGCCUUCCAAUAUACUGACAAACAUGGUGAAGUCUGUCCAGCUGGAUGGAAACCAGGCCAAGACACUAUUAUACCAAACCCAGAAGAAAAAAGAAAGUACUUUGAGAAAGUCUCCAAUAACUGA